UCGGAGGUCGCGCUUUGCCGGGCGACUGUGGUGUCAUGGCGGCCGCCAGCGCAGUCUGCCUUUCGUGGCUGAGGCGGAGGGCGAGCGCUUGCCGGGGUAGCGGCGCCAUGGGGCCCUGGCUGAGGGGUCCGGGCUGCCUCCGCCUGGCGCGGCUGGCUCGGGCUCGAGGCCUCUGGAGCUCUGCUGGAGGCCCCAAAGCGGUGUCUGUGGACGUGGGGGGCAGAAAAUUAGAAAUCUCUUCUGGAAAAUUAGCCCGAUUCGCUGACGGAUGUGCUGUAGUACAGCUAGGUGAUACUUCAGUGAUGGUGACAGCGGUCAGUAAAACGAAGCCUUCUCCAUCUCAGUUCAUGCCUUUGGUGGUUGACUAUCGACAAAAAGCUGCUGCAGCAGGAAGAAUUCCUACCAAUUAUCUGAGAAGAGAACUGAGCUCUACCGAUAAAGAAAUUCUUACAAGCAGAGUAAUAGAUCGGUCCAUUAGACCACUCUUUCCAGCAGGCUACUAUUAUGAUACACAGAUCCUUUGUAAUCUUUUGGCUGUAGAUGGUGUCAACGAUCCUGCGGUGCUGGCCAUCAAUGGAGCUUCCGCAGCCCUUGCUUUGUCGGAUAUUCCAUGGAACGGUCCCAUUGGUGCUGUGAGGGUAGGACUGAUUGACGGCGAAGUUGUUGUGAAUCCCACACGAAAAGAAAUGUCUUCCAGCACGUUGGAUUUAGUGGUCUCUGGAGCCCCUCGUAGCCAAAUUGUGAUGUUGGAAGCUGCUGCCGAGAACGUAUUGCAACAGGACUUUUGCCAUGCUAUCAAAGUGGGCGUGAAGCACACCCAGCAAAUAAUUCAAGGCAUACAACAGCUGGCAAAGGAACAGGGCGUUGCCAAGAGAACCGUGCAGAAGCUAUUCACUGCUCCUGAGCAGAUUGUGGAAUGUGCAAAGCACCUUGCAUCUGGAAAGAUCACUGCUGUGUUUUCCGACUUCACGCAUGAUAAAAUCUCAAGAGAUGAAGCAAUUAACAAAAUCAGACUUGAAACAGAAGAGCAGCUGAAAGAAAAGUUCCCGGAAGCGGAGUGUUAUGAAAUCAUGGAAUCUUUUAACGUCGUCUUGAAGGAAGUCUUUAGAAAUCUUGUUCUGAAUGAAUACAGGAGAUGUGAUGGUCGAGACUUGACUUCACUUAGAGACAUCACUUGCGAGGUGGACAUGUUCAAAACCCUUCACGGAUCAGCGUUAUUUCAGAGAGGCCAAACCCAGGUCCUCUGCACAGUUACAUUUGACUCACUGGAAUCAAGUGUAAAAUCUGACGUUAUCACAACAGCUUUAAGUGGAAUAAAGGAGAAGAACUUCAUGCUCCACUACGAGUUUCCUCCAUACGCAACUAACGAGAUUGGCAAAAUUACUGGCAUGAAUAGAAGAGAGCUUGGCCAUGGUGCACUUGCAGAAAAGGCUUUGAAGCCUGUGAUUCCCAGUGAAUUCCCUUUCACAAUAAGGGUUACUUCAGAAGUACUGGAGUCAAAUGGAUCAUCGUCAAUGGCUUCUGCUUGUGGUGGGAGUUUGGCACUGAUGGAUGCAGGAGUCCCAAUAUCGUCUCCUGUCGCAGGUGUUGCUGUUGGUUUGGUUUCCAGGGCUAAUUCUGAAAAAAAUGGAGACAUUGAGGAUUAUCGCUUGCUAACAGACAUUCUGGGAAUAGAGGAUUAUCAUGGUGAUAUGGACUUCAAAAUGGCUGGAACGAAUAAAGGAAUCACUGCCUUACAGGCUGAUAUCAAACUACCAGGGAUACCCCUAAAAAUUGUGAUGGAAGCGAUUCAGCAAGCCACAGUGGCAAAGAGAGAAAUAUUGCAAAUUAUGAACAAAACGAUUGCAAAACCUAGAGCAAGCAGAAAAGAGAACGGACCACUUGUAGAAAAUGUUCAGGUGCCAUUAUCAAAAAGGGCGAGAUUUGUUGGCCCUGGUGGUUAUAAUUUAAAAAAACUUCAAGCUGAAACUGGGGUAACCGUUAGCCAAAUAGACGAAGAGACCUUUUCCGUAUUUGCUCCAACGCCGUCUGCUAUGCAUGAAGCACGAGAAUUUAUUACCGAAAUCUGCAAAGAUGAUCAGGACUAUCAGUUGGAAUUCGGAGCUAUUUAUACAGCCACAAUAACAGAACUGAGAGAUAUUGGGGUGAUGGUAAAAUUGUACCCAAACAUGACUCCCGUUCUACUUCACAACUCUCAGCUGGAUCAAAGAAAGAUUAAACAUCCUAGUGCUCUUGGAUUAGAAGUUGGUCAAGAAAUCCAGGUGAAAUAUUUUGGGCGUGAUCCUACUGACGGCAGAAUGAGGCUUUCGAGGAAAGUGCUUCAGUCUCCAGCUACAACAGUGGUUAAAACACUCAGUGACAAGAGCAAUAUAGUCGUGGGAGGUCCCAUUCCAGAGCCUGCUAGUUCAACAUCGUAGCAACUUUUAUUCGGAAGUGUAGAAAUCAUUCUGGACUUAUCAAUGCUGUGACCCUCUGACAAGAGACUAAAUUGUUGUGAAAUGACAAGUUCUUAUCAUGCAGGUUUGUAUACCACACAGAGAAAUAUUUUAAAUUUUGUAUAAAGAUCAGUGGAUAUCA